UGUCCCCGUUGCAGCUGCAUCCAUUUUCAGAAAUUCUUAGCACCCAAAUCGAUUUUUUCGCCUUUGGUAUCUGAUAUUAUAUGUAAUAUCAACCGGAUCAAUGGAGUCGCGAGGUGAUAAUUGCGGGUUCUCUCGUUCAGCAGAUGGUUCCGACGGAAAUGGGGAUCGAGAUGGUGGAUCAUCGGUUAUGAGCGGGAAUUUUUUCUUGGAUUAUGUCGGGGAAGUUAUUCUCACUCAAAAUUCAAAUGGGUUGUCAUGGAAGUCGUUGGAUUCUUCGGAUAAUUUACUGUUCGUUGGACAGGAGGGAUCGACCUGUUUGGGAAUUGGAGCUUCCCAGAAUGUCGAAACUGAGAUGAACUUCUCUGAUAUUUACGCUGUGGAGUUUGCGAGCUAUGGUUCUCUGCAUUGUUCAAAGUCAAGCCUUAGAAAUGCCAAAGAACGUUUUCCAGGACGCCGGCUGCAUACUCAAGAGAUGUACCGGUUUACUGUGCACGGGUUGCAAAAAUCAGUAAAAGAACCUUGCCUUUGGAAACUUGCUGGAUAUACUUUUGGUCAUGUGGACUUACAGACCUGCCAGAUGUGGAUGGAUUGGCUGAACUACUUUUUGAUCAAGCAAGUAGGAAGACCAAGAAAUCUUUUGGUAUUUGUUCAUCCAAGAAGUGGCAAAGGAAAUGGCUGCAAGACCUGGGAAUCUGUUAGCCUGAUUUUCGCUCGUGCUAAAGUCAAAACAAAGGUGAUUGUAACAGAAAGAGCAGGACAUGCAUUUGACGUAAUGGCAUGUAUCAGUAAAGAAGAACUUCACUCAUAUGAUGGCGUCAUAGCUGUUGGGGGUGAUGGUUUCUUCAAUGAAAUCUUUAAUGGGUAUCUUUUGUCAAGACUUAAAGUGCCUCUACCACCGACUCCUUCGGAUUCCUUCCAUUCCAUUCAAAGUAGAGGGAGUUCUUCUGUUCCUGAAUCUGGAGAUGAAGUUCUUGAGACCAAUCAAAAGGAAGACCAUCCUCUCCUCCCAGGUUUAGUUCAAAAUGUGUCAAACGUCACUGAUUUCAGGACAGUCAAUGGCUCAUGUGAAGAGAAUGAAGAUACCGAGCAUCUCUUCAAUGGUGAAAGGCUUCGAUUUGGUCUCAUCCCAGCAGGUUCAACUGAUGCAGUAGUUAUGUGUACCACUGGAGCUCGUGAUCCCAUAACAUCAGCACUCCACAUUGUUCUCGGCAGAGAGGUCAACCUUGAUGCAGUUCAGGUAGUGCGGUGGAAAACGACUUCCUCUUCGCCAAUGGAACCUUUUAUUCGCUAUGCAGCAUCAUUUGCCGGAUACGGGUUUUAUGGGGAUGUCAUUUCGGAGAGCGAAAAAUAUCGCUGGAUGGGUCCUAACCGCUACGAUUAUGUUGGAACUAAAGUAUUCUUGAAACACAGAUCGUACGAGGCAGAGGUGGCAUAUGAAGAAGUUGAAACAGAGAAUGCGAAAUCACCUCCUCAGAAUGGCAAUCUGCGUACUAAGACGUGGCCAUUUCGGAACUCUAUAAAGUCGGAGAGAAUACUAUGCCGGGCAGGAUGCAGCAUCUGUAAUAGUAAAGACGAUAAUACGUUGUUGAGGAAUUAUUCAUGUCCCGAAGGAACGAAAUGGUCGAGAUCUAGAGGGCGGUUUCUCAGUAUAGGUGCUGCAGUAAUAUCAAACCGAAACGAAAGAGCGCCCGAUGGUCUGGUCGCUGAUGCACACCUUUCGGAUGGUUUUGUUCACCUCAUACUCAUCAGAGAUUGCUCUCGUCCUAAGUAUCUCUGGCACCUAACCGAGCUUGCGAAAAGAGGCGGUGACCCUUUGAACUUCGAGUUUGUGGAGUACCAUAAGACCCGAGCUUUCACGUUUAGAUCGGUCGGGAGCGAGAGCGUGUGGAACUUGGACGGGGAGAUGUUGCAGGCUCACCAGUUAUCAGCACAAGUCUUGCGCGGUCUCAUUCCGUUAUUUGCAUCUGGUCCCGAGGUAUAAUGACAGAAAUUAUGUCCCAGGAAACUGCAGAGAGAGCAUCAUCAUAUCAAAUGAAGCAUAUAUAUACGUAACGUAACUUCGACAUGUGAUAUCUGUCCCAUUAAUACAUCUUCUCCAUAUUCAUCGCGUAAAUUGUCUGAACCAAUAUGUAUGUAUGUAUGCAUGUGAGGUUAACCCAUUUUUUGUAACAGAUUUUGAAUUGGACAUUUUGUCGCCAUAGAUUUGGGGUAUAUGACAAUGACAUUGGGGACUUUGGAAGCAUUUCAUUUUU